AUAUUAAUAAAUAUAAUAUUCGAAAAGGAAACCGAUAUAUUUUAACCUGUAUAAGCAAAUAACUUUUUUAGGAAAAUAACAAAAUUAAAAUAUUUUAUAUGAAAAAAAAAUAUUUUAAUACAAGCUCGUGAAUUUUUACCACUUGAUAAUAAUUAUAGUACAAUUUAUUUUGUAUAUAAUAAGUUCCGUAUUAUGCAGGAAACAGCUUAUACAAUCAUUGAUAGCCACGUAGAUCUACAUACACGAUAAUACAUAUCAUUUAAUGAAAAAAUUCAUUAAAUAAAACAGGUAUAACCUUCGCUUUAUGCUAUAAUUAAAUCAAAUUAUUCCAACUAAAAUGUUAAUACUUAUUAAUAUUUGCAUUUUAUUUACAUCCUUUGUAAUUAGUGUAAUAGACUGAGCACCAUUGUAUUUCCCGGAUUAUUUCUUAUUUAUCAAAAUAACAAUGUUUUAGAUAAAUGGUAGCUCUAGCAGAUGAUCGCGCCAAAACCUUUAGGAUGGACAACCUGGCAUUCCAGGAUGAACAGGACAACUCGAAACGGAUCUCCCGAUCUGUCAGUGUUAACACGGAAGUGGAAAGUUAUCCCCUAUAUAAAACCUGGAGAAGGUCCCAAUAUGACCCGGAAGUGAUGCUAGAAGAAUGUUCUGAGGAUUUCGAAUAUAUGGAGUGUGGUCCAAGCCCGCCAGCCGAUCAUGCGCCCAACAUUUACGAAAGCCUAGAAGAAUUCUCUACCAGCGAAUUGACCGUCCAAAUAUGUUCAGAUACGAUCAAACACAAUCUUAUAGAACAUAUGAAAUUAUCCUCGGGCAAACAUCAUUAUCUAGACGAUAUAGAAAGUAAAAAAAUUGUGGCUGAAAAUCUAGAGACCAGUUUUAGGGGAGCGACAAAUACGGAAAUCAGUAUCUGUUUUCUAUGGGCUGCGUUUUUGAAAAGAUGGGAAUUGCUAGAGGGACUGUUGAAACUGGGUGCUCGAUUAAAUUACAGCGAACCAAAUCAGGGCCUCAGCGCUAUACACCUAACAUCCUUCAGCGGAUGCAUUCCUGGCACGCAGUUUUUAAUAUCUCAAGGAAGCGACGUGAACGCCAUUUACAAAUGCUUCAGUCCCCUACACUGCGCCGCUUUUGGCGACAGCCCCGAAACAGCAAUGAUAUUGCUAAACAACGGGGCUCGAGUAGAAGCCCUGACCAACAGUCCCAAUUACACUAACGAGAACGUGCUGCACUGUGCCGUACGUGCCAAUGCAGUGGCGUGUGUGAGGCUCUUUACGGUAGAAGGAGCAAACGUAGGACAUAUUGAACAUUGCGGUAUGUCCCCAGUACAUUUAGCAGCUGAAUUGGGCCAUUCCCAGUGCCUGAAAAUUAUGGUUGAGGCCAAAGGGAUUAAUGUGAAUGCUAGAACAAAAGAGAAAGAACAGACUCCGCUACACCUGGCAGCAGAAGGAGGAUAUUACGAAUGUAUCGAUAUUUUGUUGGACAAAGGAGCCCAAGCAAAUGUUAAAAAUCACAGAUUACAGACACCCCUACAUUUAGCUGCAAAAGCACAAUCUUAUGACAGUGUCGAAUUAUUGCUUAAGAAAGGUAAAGCCGAUCCUAAUGUAGCAGAUUGUGAUAAAAGAACUCCACUUCAUGCAGCAGUAGGCAAGGCAGCUCGUUCUUACGAUAUCAUAGAAAUAUUAGUAAGCUUUGGUGCCGACGUAAACAUGAGAGACCAAUUCGGCUACACGCCUCUCCACAUAGCGGCCUUAAACGAACUCUCUCAAUGCGUCGAAGUCUUAAUACACCGCGGAGCUGACGUCACCGCCAAAUCCAAAUACGGAAUGACGGCGCUGGGCAUCAUAACCAGAAAAACGCCCGCCUCUUUGGCCAUGAUCAAAUUCAAACUGGAUCAAGCCAUUACUCUCCACCAUCACCCCGAAUCGUCCAAUAGGGAGGUGGAGUUGCGUUUGGAUUUCCGCAGCAUAUUACAGCACUGUCACCCGAGAGAAAUCAGCUUUUUGAAUACCUUCGUCGACGAAGGUCAGAAGGAGAUCCUCCUGCAUCCAUUAUGUUCGGCUUUUCUGUACUUGAAAUGGGAGAAAAUAAGGAAAUACUACAUCGCCAGGAUGUUGUUUUGUUUUAUUUUCGUGUUAAGUUUGUCGUUGUACGUUUUGACGGCUUUGGCACAUAACUGUUACAACCACGGGAAGAAUAUGAAUGAUACCCAACCUCAAAACGUAAUCGAACUAUGCGAAAAGAAGUCUAUGAUGGGGCAUAUGUUGAGGAAUAAUCCUUUCGUUAUAGAGAUGCAAUGGUUCGCUUUGGUCGGUAUAACCUGCUGUGAGAUUCUGCGAAAAAUAUAUGGUUUAACCGGAUAUCCUACAGUGAAGCAGUAUCUGUCACAUCCUGAGAACAUUAUUGAGUGGUCAGUCAUAAUUAGUGUGUUUGUUAUCUCUUUCGUUUACACUGGUAGAACAUACACGUGGCAGAAUCACGUAGGGGCCUUUGCGGUGCUUUUUGGCUGGACCAACUUGAUGCUGAUGAUCGGACAACUUCCUAUCUUCGGACCUUACGUUGCCAUGUACACCAGAGUACAAGGAGAAUUUGCCAAACUCCUCCUGGCCUACUCCUGUCUCCUUAUCGGGUUUACCAUAAGUUUCUGCGUAAUAUUUCCGGAUUCAUCAACUUUUGCCAACCCAUUUAUCGGUUUAAUCACUGUCUUAGUGAUGAUGACAGGAGAGUUGAGUCUGGAUCUUCUCGUAGACGACGAUCCAGAAGAUCCUCCCUUUCUUUUGGAAAUCAGUGCCCAAGUCACCUAUAUUUUAUUCCUUCUUUUCGUAACAGUUAUUCUUAUGAAUCUCCUUGUGGGUAUCGCAGUUCACGAUAUACAAGGUCUUCAGAAAACUGCAGGUUUAUCCAAACUUGUUCGACAGACAAAACUGAUAUCUUACAUAGAGUUGGCAUUAUUCAACGGGUAUUUACCACGUUACCUGUUAAAUCUGCUUCACUGGACGGCGCUGGUCAGUCCAAAAGCUUACAGGGUGGUUUUAAAUGUCAAACCUUUAAAUCCAGGCGAAAAAAGAUUGCCUAAGGAUAUUUUAGAAGCAGCAUACGAGAUAGCAAAGAAGAGGAAAUAUUUUGGGCAUUCCCUAUCCACUAUUGGAAAGAAAACGUUGAACAAUAACACUGAUAAUAUUAGCGGGGUGUACGAUUCGGGCGGCAUGGGUAUAGUUCACAACAAAAUUGAAAGGAACUCCGAAAAAAUGGAAGGUUUAGUCAAGGAAGUUAAGGAUUUGAAAACUAUGAUGGAGACGUUAGAGUCAAAUCAAAAAGUUAUUCAGCAACUGUUGAAUACAAUUAUACAAAGUCGGCAUUUCAACAAGAACAAUAAUUCUAAUUCUAAGGGUAGCCUUCUGUUUCCUCUGCUUUUCUGUAAUAUGGAGACCAAAGUGGAUAUAGAAGCUGAGGUGGUAGGAGGAGGUCCUACAGGUCAGGCAGGAACUAUUAGAUGGGGCAUAGCUUGGGGCUUGAGGAGCUUUGUUGACAGGGAAACAAUAGAGAGGAUGAGGCUGGUAUACGUUUGGGUCAAGUACAAGUUUAAAAGUGGUGAUAAAAUGGUGUUUGACAUGGAAACUCAAAUAGACAAUGUUAAUGGGGAGAGUCUGCCGUUAAAAAACAGUUCAGGAAAAUUUGGAAGGUCUAUAAGCACAAAUACUAACUCGGAAUACGUGUCUUUGCACAGUUUUUCCAACUCUGUUAUAUCUCGUGGCCGCAGUUAUAGGAUUAACUUAGACUUAGACACGCUAUAUCAGGAAGAAGAUUCCGAUGACUCAAAUUAUAUCGACUGCGGAACAAGUCCAUCACCUGAUAACACCAUGGGAUUUUUCAAUGAAAGUUUCCAAUUUUCUUCAGCCAGUCAAUACAGUAUUCCAUUGACACAGGAGAAAAUCAGAAAGAGUUUGGAAGAACAAAUGAAAUUAUGUUCUGGUAAUUUUAGCUUGUUUGAAGACAUAGAAACUAAGAAAAUCGUACAAGAAAACUUGGAGGAGAAUUUUAAAAACGUCAAUAAAACAGAAUUGAAUAUAUGUUUUUUGUGGGCCGCUUUUUUGGGAAGGUGGGAUUUAUUAGAAGAGUCUUUGAAGUUAGGAGCUAAAUUAGAACAUUUUGAGCCAAACCAAGGACUAAGCGCCAUACACCUAACUGCAUUCAGCGGCUGUAUUGCGGGUACCCAGUUUCUAAUAGCUCAAGGAAGCGACGUUAAUGCCAUCCACAAAUUCUACAGCCCACUUCACUGUGCAGUUUUUGGAGAUAAUGCUGAGACCGCUAUAGUCUUGUUGCAUCAUGGGGCUCAAAUACAAACAGUGACCAAAAGUCCAAUUUAUGCAAACGAGAGUGCGCUGCACUGUGCUGUAAGAGUGAAUUCUAUUGAGUGUGUGAGGCUCUUAACUGCAGAAGGAGCUGAUUUAGGACAAGUGGAAUUAACUGGCAUGUCUCCAGUUCACUUAGCGGCCGAGAUGGGUCAUGCCGAAUGUCUAGCUAUAAUGAUAAAGACCCCUGGGGUGAAUGUAAAUGCAAAAACCAAAGUAAAUAAUUACAGCCCUUUGCAUUUAGCAGCUGAAGCUGGAGCUAUCGGUUGUAUAGAAGUAUUGUUGGAAUCAAAUGCGGACAUUAAUAUAUUAAAUGAUAGAAAUGAGACCCCUCUUCACUUGGCUGUGAAGGCACAAAACACUGAUUCUGUAAGGAUACUUUUAAGUGGAUGGGCAGAUCCUAACUUGACCGAUUGCAACAAAAUGACUCCUCUACAUUUAGCCGCCAGUAAGCAAAACUGCGAAAUUAUUGACCUACUAAUACGAGGCGGCGCAGAUGUAAAUAUUAAAGGCCAACACGGAUAUACACCCCUCCACAUCGCUGCCAUGAACGAAUUGACACGCUGCGUCAAACUUUUGAUCAACCACAGCGCUGACGUAACUGCCAAAUCCGACCGAGGUACCACGGCACUCGGGAUAAUCCGGAAAAAGACACCCGCAGCAUUAGAAACCAUCAACUCCAAACUAGACCAAUCGAUCUCCUUUUCUAACCAUUCAGGUUAUAGCAAAGAGAUCGAAGUCACCUUGGACUUUCGGAUGAUCUUGCAACACUGUCAUCCCAAGGAAAUUUGUUUUUUGAACACGUUCGUUGACGAAGGGCAAAAGGAAAUACUUCUUCAUCCGCUCUGUUCGGCUUUUCUCUAUAUUAAGUGGAAAAAAAUCAGGAAAUACUAUAUAGCUCGAAUUCUUUUUGCUUUGGUUUUUGUAUUAAGUUUAUCUUUGUAUGUUUUGACAGCUCUGGCACAUAAUUGUUAUAAUCGCGGUAAGAACAUGGACGAAGAUGACGAGGACAACGUCAUCGAGUUGUGCGAGAAGAAGUCUAUGCUGGGUGAUAUGCUGAGAAACAAUCCUUUUGUCAUUGAGAUGCAGUGGUUUGGUUUGGUUGUCAUCACUGCCUGCGAGAUUUUAAGAAAAGUUUACGGGCUAAGCGGUUGUAAAUCGUUUAAACAAUAUAUGCUAUACUCUGAGAAUAUCAUUGAAUGGUUUGUGAUAGUCAGUGUUUUUGUCAUUUCGUUCGUCUACACUGGUAGGACCUAUACCUGGCAAAAUCAUGUAGGAGCCUUUGCAGUGCUCUUCGGUUGGACUAACUUGAUGCUAAUGAUUGGACAACUUCCACUCUUUGGUCCAUACGUUGCUAUGUAUACAAGAGUCCAAGGUGAGUUUGCCAAACUGCUUCUAGCUUAUUCCUGCAUUCUCAUAGGUUUCGCCAUAAGUUUUUGUGUUAUUUUCCCCGACUCCAAUACCUUUGCCAAUCCAUUUAUUGGUUUCAUAACUGUCAUUACUAUGAUGAUCGGAGAACUAAACUUAGAAAUUUUGGUCGAUGACGAUCCUGAAGACCCACCUUUGGUGCUAGAAAUCAGCGCCCAAGUUACUUUUGUUCUGUUUUUAUUAUUCGUUACCAUAAUCCUUAUGAACCUGCUAGUAGGUAUCGCGGUAAACGAUAUAGAAGGCCUGCAGAAAACAGCUGGUUUGUCCAAACUAGUUCGUCAAACCAAACUGAUCUCUUACAUCGAACUAGCUCUGUUUGACGGUUAUCUGACAAGGUAUCUGAUGAAUAUCCUUCACUGGAGUUUGGUUUCGAACAAAUCUAGCAAGGUGGCGAUAAACGUCAAACCUUUGAAUCCCAGUGAAAAUAGAUUACCUAAAGAUAUUUUGGAGGCAGCGUAUGAAAUAGCUAUGAAAAGAAAAGCGGGAAGCCAAGCUGAUGACCAGGAAACAGACGAAGGAAAGGAUGAACAGCAAAAUUCCACAGAGUUACUUGGCAUGUCCCGGAAAAUAGAUGAAAAUACUAAGAAGAUUGAAAUGUUGAUGGGCGAUAUGCAAGUGGUAAGAGAAAUUUUAGAAAGACUUAACAACAGAGAAGUUUUAAUGGAAGAGUUACUCGCAACUAGUAUUGCGAAUAUAAAUUAUGGCGAAUUUAAAUGAACUAGUUAUUAUUUUAUAUGUUUCUAUUCUUGUAAAAAAUUGUAAAUUUGAAUAUAUGUAAUUGAAUACUAUAUAUAA